UUUGCGGCUUCUCCGGAUGUUGCGUCACUGUGAGCAAAAGGGACUGCGCGCAAAGUCCGUAAGGGGUGGGCGGAAGGGUUAGGAGGUGUGCGCGGGUGACUUCCGCCGGCGAAAGGGAACUGCGCGCUUGAGGUGACAAGGGACUGAGGUACGGCUCCCCUGGGCGACAGUCACCGCGAUCCACCGUGCUACUGAUUGCCGGCCCGGCGGGGCCUCUGGCAUUUCAGAUCUGCUUGGUAAACCUGGUGUGCCACCAUGCUGGCGGCAAGACUCGUGUGUCUCCGGACUCUACCCUCCAGAAUUUUCCAUCCAACUUUCACCAAGGCCUCCCCUGUUGUGAAGAAUUCCAUCACAAAGAAUCAAUGGCUCUUAACACCCAGCAGGGAAUAUGCUACCAAGACAAGAAUUGGGAUCCGCCGUGGGAAAACUGGCCAAGAACUCAAGGAGGCAGCUUUGGAACCAUCAGUGGAAAAAAUAUUUAAAAUUGAUCAGAUGGGAAGAUGGUUUAUUGCUGGAGGGGCUGCUGUUGGUCUUGGAGCGCUGUGCUACUAUGGCUUGGGAAUGUCUAAUGAGAUUGGAGCUAUUGAAAAGGCCAUAAUUUGGCCUCAGUAUGUGAAAGAUAGAAUUCAUUCAACUUAUAUGUACUUAGCAGGAAGUAUUGGUUUAACAGCUAUGUCUGCUCUGGCAGUGAGCAGAACGCCUGCUCUCAUGAACUUCAUGAUGAAAGGCUCUUGGGUGACAAUUGGUGCAACCUUUGCAGCCAUGAUUGGAGCUGGAAUGCUGGUACAAUCAAUAUCAUAUGACCGGAGCCCAGGCCCAAAGCAUCUUGCUUGGUUACUACAUUCUGGUGUGAUGGGUGCGGUGGUGGCUCCUUUGACGAUAUUAGGGGGACCUCUUCUCAUCAGGGCUGCAUGGUACACAGCUGGCAUCGUGGGAGGCCUCUCCACUGUGGCCAUGUGUGCUCCCAGUGAGAAAUUUCUGAACAUGGGAGCACCCCUGGGCGUGGGCCUGGGUCUCGUCUUUGUAUCCUCACUGGGAUCUAUGUUUCUUCCACCUACCACUGUGGCUGGUGCCACUCUAUACUCAGUGGCAAUUUACGGUGGAUUAGUUCUUUUCAGCAUGUUUCUUCUGUAUGAUACACAGAAAGUAAUCAAACGUGCAGAAGUAGUACCAAUGUAUGGAGUUCAAAAAUAUGAUCCCAUCAAUUCGAUGCUGGGAAUCUACAUGGAUACAUUAAACAUAUUUAUGCGAGUUGCCAGUAUUCUAGCAACUGGAGGCAACAGAAAGAAGUGAAGUGACUCAGCUUCUGACUUCCUUAAUACAUCAGAUAUCUGUCUUGUUAAAUAGGAGCAGAUAUUCAUUAAAUAGUUUGUGCAAGCAGAUUUCAUUGAAGUUUAGAAGAUAAGAACUUUGUCACCAUGCUUCAAAUGUUUCAAUAAUGUGAUGCUUCAGGUCUGCUUUUUCUUCUGGAGAAUAAAUUCAGUAGUUGUCUUCCAAAUAGCACAUAUAUUUUCAGUUCUCAUGUGUGAGUAAUUCUAAAAUGCUUUAAUGAAUGUGAAAACUAAGGUUUAUGUUGCAGGAAUUUCAGUAUUUUAUCUAUUUUUAAAUUUACUUGGUUAAGUGAAAUCAUGUACCUGCAUUUUUUUUUUUUUUUUGGAAUGUGGAAGAUUAACAAGUAAUAUCAUAAGUAACAGAGGGGGUUGAUAAAGGGACCAAAGAGAAGUAAAGUGUCACCUGCAGUUUUUCUUUGAAUACUUAGAACUUAGUACUUGUGUAACUGGUGAGCCAUUGAGGGGGUUUAGAUGUUUGGAAACAAGUCACCACAGUACAUCUGCUCAACUUUGCAGAAGCAUUGAGCAGAAAACAAAGACAGGUGGUUCUUUCUCCUGCUCUCCCUUCUCAGGGUUCUCCUUACAGUAUAGAUGUGAUCAUGUCUGGCUUUUUGUUUGACAUUGUUAGGAGAGUCCAGGAUGUUAACCAUAUCAAGAGUUUCUGUUGUAGAAUAUAUAUUACAUGUGUGUGUGAGUCUUACUUUUGAAUUGUCAAAAUAUAUAGGAUAAAAUAAUCAGAGCAUGAAAAUUGUUGCACUUUUAAGUAUACAAACAGUAUGCAUAAUUGCUGAAUAUUUUUGCAUAUUGAAAUGUUUAAAGGAGUACAUGCUUCCCUUUCUUAUCUCUUCAGGCUUUAAAGUGCUAAUCAGGAAAGCCUAUUUGAGGUUUUUCCCCUCAGAUUUGGUGUUUUGGAUUCCCUCUCAGAAGAAUCACUUAAAAAAGGAAAGCAAAGCAAGGCUUUUUUAAUGAAUAUGUAUCAAUCAAAAAUGUAACAGAGAAAAUGGCAUUCUUAGAGUUUUCCCUAGCAGAGCUUUCCUUCUCUCUCCAUAGACCAUUAUUUUGCCAUUUGUAAGUUUUUGAUACAGAAGAGUUAUUUUUGGAAGUCCUUAUAAAUGAAAUAAGUGUAUGGUUUCAAGAUGGUUGAUGUUUUUGAUAUUUAUUGAAGCAAUCCAGAAAUAACUAUUCUAACCAUCUCAAGUUACAGAGGAAGCUUAUUUCUGAAAUAAUAAAGAUUCCAGCCAGAUGGUGAUUGGUCUGUAAUUUUUCUAGCUGAGCCAUAUGCAUACCAUUGAGUAAGCAGUUUGUUCAAGAAAGCAACUUAUUCUCUUAUCGAUGUAGUAUACAGAGUAUAGUAUGAUUAUGACUGUGGUACUUAUAGCUAGACUGCAUUUAUUUGAACCCCCAACUUUUCCACUUAUUCCUUAUGUGACCUUGGGAAAUUUACUUAACCUCUCUGUGCCCAUUUUCUCAUCUGUAAAAUGAAGAUGGUAAUAGAACCUACCUCACUGAGUUGAGGCGAAAUGUUCAGGUACUUAGUAAGCACUUUAAAAACCUUUUAAUCUGUUUUAGCUGCUGUUGCUGGCUUGUUUUGAAGGGUGUUUCCUAAGAAAGAUCUGUAAAUCUUGUUUUUUUUCCUUCUCAACCUUGGUCCUGAUACAGUGUGUGACCUUAAAGUGAAAUCUUAAAAGUC